AUGGUGCUGAAAUUCGAAAAGCUCUUCGACGAAUUUCAACAGGAAACAGACUUAAAGGAUUCUCUCCAGCGACGAAAACAAAUUCAGGUGACGCAUGGUUCUGCGCUGAACAUCACUAGAAGACUUGGACCACUCAACAAGGACUUUCGAUUCUUCUCCGAAGAACUGUACGAGAUGAACUCAAGAGCCAGAGAAUGCACCAGACGACUCGAAGCAAUUUUGGCGAGACCUGAUAUGAAGAAAUAUAAAGACUACUCCUAA